AUGGUUUAUAAUCGUCUCUUUGCAAUAUUUGCUUUGGCACACUUUCUUAUCUGCAGCUUUCUACUUUUAAACAUAUUUAACAAUAAAACACCAACAAACAGCCCAAUAGAUUACGGUAUUGACGAAAUACCUCCCGGUUUAUUUGAUGACACCAAUGAUUCAAGUAAAGAAGUACAACCAAAUAUGACUAAAGUAAAUAAAAGGAAAGGAGAAAUUACAAGAAAAACAAAAAUGAAAGGAAACCUGACAUUUAAGAUAGUAUCUCCGAAAAUAUCAAAAGUGAUAAAAUUAUUGCCGACAACCCAAAUAAAAAAGGAUACAAAAAGAACCCUAAUCAGACAGGACGAAGAUGACUUAGAACAAUGGAUGUCCUAUGCAAUAAAAUAUUGCCAUGGCUAUAUUAUUUCAUAUGCAAACUUAUUUUUUGAAUUAUCAUUGGUUGUUAUAAAUCCAAGAUUCAGUCAUGGAAACAAAGGAGGAGAAAAAAUAGAAUCUGUUUUGAACCAGUCGGAAGAAAGAGAAUACCUCUCGUUAGAAAAGGGAUAUUUUCAGAUUCCGUGUUUAAACUGUACAGAGAUUUCAAAAGACACGUUUGGAAAAGAUGACCCUAAAUCUAGAUGGGUUAACGUUAUACAGUGUUCUAAUAACACAAAUGACAUAAGUCUUACCAGGUGUUACGAUUUUGCUAUUGCUUUAACUAGGUUUGAAUAUGCUAAUUUUUAUCACACCAUGACAGACUGGUUUAAUACUUUUUUAAUGGCAAAACUUUUUAAGAGAACGAAACGGAAUUUAACGAUACUAUGGAUAGACGCACAUCCAAAGGGAAUGUUAGAUACAACGUGGAAGACUUUAUUUGGAACUAUUAUACAAACAAGUUCUUUGAGCAAGCCUCUUACAGCAAUGAAGUUGAUAUGGGGUAUAAAUGGGUACGACAGUUUACUCAACCAACACCAUCUGUCAUUUAUUCCUUAUAUAGAAGAGUUCAGAAAGUUUUUCUUGAAAUCUCAUGGGUUAGAUGUUUCACAUAAACUUAACUGUGACCGAGUCAAUAUCCUUGUAAUAUUAAGACAUGAUUACAUCGCUCAUCCCAGGAAUCCAAAGGGGAAGAUAGCAAGAAAAAUGAAAAAUGAAAACGAAAUUUUGACCAGUUUGUCCAGUCUUUUUCCUAGUGUUGAUGUAAAAGGAGUUCAGAUAGACAGUUAUUCAAUGAACAAACAAUUAGAAUUGGUAUCGAAAACGGACAUUUUGAUUGGUGUACAUGGUGCCGGUUUGAGUCAUACUCUGUUUCUCCCAAAACAUGCCGGAAUUAUAGAACUUUAUCCUUUUAAGGUCAGUCUAAGAAAAGAAAAUUUCAAAGCAUUUGCUAGAUGGAGAAAACUAACGUAUAUGUCCUGGAAGAAUUUGAAAGAAGAAAAUGAAGACAACGAUGUUACAUAUGUUCCACCUAAUGAUCUUACGGAUUUGGUUGCUAAAAUGUUGAAGAAAUUAAGAUCAAAAUGA